AUGGCCGAUGCAUGGCCUACACGACUAGCAUCUGCGACUCAAUGGCAGCAAGUCAUAGAAGCUGUGCUUCUGCCACUUGCACGAGUUCAUGCUCUCCCCGCGCAAUACAACCAGCUUGCAAAGGAUGCACCAACCGAUCCGCACUGGAUCUCAACAUGGUGGAGCACGUGCCAACAUACCCUGUUGACAGUCACGCUUGUAACAUGGGCGCCUGGCUUGCAUGAACACAAUCUGUAUGAAACGGUGCUAGAUGGUUGGUUUAUACCAAGCAAUGCUUCCACAGUAUGGGUGUACACGUUGCAAACUUGCUCGGCCUUGCUGAGAGGUCGAGUUGACUGCCAUCCCGCCACACUUGAUGCCCUGUACUAUGUGCUGACACGUCUCGAUCCAUCGACUUUACUGCGCCACAUGCUCGAAGCAGUACAUAGUGAGCCACACGCCGCUCGUCGCGACAUAUUGUGGGAUGACGCAGUGGCGAAUGUCUCUGCGUUACCGACGCGCGUAGCGAACAUGUUUGGACCGCAUCGUGAUCGAAGGUCACUUUUGGACAUGUAUGGCACAUGGCUUGGUGACAUGUCAGCAGGCAUCCAUGACGUGAUUGAGAUCGAUCCCUCUCGCAUUGCGCGUCUUCUCACGCGCUUCGCACGCACCGGCGCACUCUUGCAGCGCGUACCUCCUACGUGGUGGGACCAAAUGUUGCCCCACAUUCAGUCCUCGCUGGAGUCAACAACGACAAUAGCAUCACAUGCGAAAAAGGCAUGGCAUGCCAUGUAUGAUGCGUGCGACCCGUCGACGCAAGAAGUCCUUGCACUCUCUCUGGCGUAUGCACUGAAUGCGCGCUUGAACUCGACGUCAUAUGCGUGGCCUGUGGCCCAGCAGGAAAGGGCUCCUGGCACUGAAGGACGUGCCUUUCUUACCACAGAGGCGUGGCGCUGGGCCUAUACAGCGUAUCUGGUCUUGCAGACUGUCUUGGGGACUGCUGAAGCGCCACGCCUGCCUCUCGUUCACGUCGAUAAAGCGCAUGCUCACACUGAAUGGACACCGCUUUUCUCGAUUGCAUUGGCAGCGUGGGCCUGUGAUGCAGAUGCUCGCACUAGCUUGCAAGAGCUCAUCCACGUUUGGAGUCAUCCCCAGCAUGUUGCGCAUGCCUCUUAUACCCAUGCACAAAGUAUCACAUUGAUGGUCCUCAUGGCAAUACGCAUUACGUACGAAAAUAAAACUGCACUUACCACUCAUGCCCAAUCCAUGGAGUUUCUUCAGGGUGUUUCUGCAUAUCUCGAGCAUACAGAUGCGCGAAUCCGGCGUCUUGGCAUGCUUGUUGCGGAGAUCUUGAGCCAAGCCACGAAUGCAGCCCCACUAAAGUUCCCCGCUGAAGUGUGGGAUGGCAGGGGCGAUGGACGAGGUGUUUGCCGUGUCUUGCGAGCAGCCUACGAGCGCGAGGGGCCCUUUUGGCCUGACACUCGUCCAUUUCCGUGGCGCGAUGAAUCGACGCGCUUGCUGGAGCAAAUGCAGUCCUUGAGCACUAAAGGUACAAACGCGUUUGCCCAACGCAUUGCGGCAGAAGAAGCGCCUCGUCCUAGACGACGGUCCUCGCCGCCGACGCUCCGCUUGCCGCGCCGAGUGCCUGCGCGUGUGCUAAUCGAGGAAGUGCAUCCACAAGAAGGUGCGCGUGCGUCCCCACGUACGGAGCGAAAUGCAUCGUCUUUGAACGGAUUGUACAUCUAUGAUGAAGAAUCGUCCGACUCGGAUGCGUCCGAUGUAGGUGCGGACAAGAGCGCCCGCGUUGACAGUGGCGUUCGCACAGGUGAUGCGGUCGAAGAAGAAGAUCCCUAUGAUCCGCAAGACUCUUCGACUAUGCUGGGCGAUGCACUUCGAAAAAAGCCGCGUGUCCCCGUUUAUAUCUACGAGCUAGCGCCUCUGGCACGCGAGCAUGACUAUGAAGCGAACAAAUGUGUACUCAAACACGCCGAGUCGCUAAUCAGGCGCAAAACUGGCUGGGGCUACGAAAUUGCAGAACAUGCGGUGGACUUGGCCACCGCACUAGCGUCGAUGCAAGAUACGUAUGAACUACGAGACUUUGAUUUAAAACGCACACGUGCGCUCAGCGCUUUGUGCGUUGCCGCGCCUAUGCCGGUGGUCGAUGCUCUGUACGAACAGUUCUUCUCCCCCCACUAUUCGCUGGCGCAGCGGCUGUCGAUGCUGCGAGCUGUCGCUGCUGCCGCCAUGGAAUUGAGUCGUGAUGGCAGCAGCUCUGGUUCUGCGGCAACAGCUCCCCUUCCAGACACCACAGAAAUGACUGGCCGCCUCAUGGGGGCAGCCAUGUCAAGAAUGCAGCAGACUGGUGAGGCGCGGAUUGCAGCGUCCUACGCAUCUGAUAUGGCGCGAGUCCGGUCUGCAUCGAUGAAGGACGUUCCGUUCGCACCCGCAUGGAGUGUGCGCCCCACGGUGCCAUUUACGGCCGUCGCAUCCUCCUCAUUCAUCUUCCCGUUGAUUCGCCGCUUGGAUCAUGCCCGCCAGACGGCUUCGCGGAUGUAUGCAGGCAGCGAUACGACUCUUACACCCAAUUCCACGAGUGCAGUACUUUACACACUCUGUGUGUUGUGUUGGUGCGGACGAAACGCCGCCUUUUUCCCAACGCGCACAUUACCAGAAGUACUGGGCGUGGUGGACGUAUGGAGUUCUAAUUCCUCAAAUCAUGCGGACAUCUGGACUGCCUCCAUGGCCCUGGCUUUGGUCCUACUGGAUAUCGCCGUUGAGCACGAUGGCGGAUUGCAUCUUGUUCGCUCCCAUACACCCAUGUUGUUACGCCUCCAAGCAGUGGCGCAAGCUUCAUUAGAUACAUCACCGCAAGCAGCUGCGGUCGUCCUUUGCAUUACAGACAUGCAGGAGCGAACACGAGGUGCAUUUCUUCGUACAUAA